AAAAAGAAAAGAAGGGAAAGUUGCUGGGUUUCUCUUUUUAUUUUUUGAAACUUGUCUCUUUUCGUUCAGUUACCACAAAAUUAUUUUUGCACGAGCGACAGGUCAACUGCCAGAAGACUUCUUAGGCAGAAACCCGAAUGAGUGACACUGGCAGUGACGUUGACUGGGAAGAGCUUUUUGGACCUGCGGUUGAAAUUACAGUGGAAACAUGUCCUGCCAUCCCUGGACUUAAGUUAGCAAGAGAAGCAAUAACACAUGAGGAACAAAUGACUCUGCUGCAAGCCAUUACAGACCAUCGCUACUUUCAUGACGACGUUGACCAGGGUAUGUGCUUUGGUACGUUACCUGCGCAUUUCGCUUGGUUGGAACCCUGGGUGAAAACCAUGUGCUCUGAGUUAUUUCCCGAGAAUAUCGUAAGCCGGACACCCUUAUUUGAUCAAGCCAUUAUCAACUUGUAUCAAAAAGGAAAGGGUAUCAAAUCACAUAUAGAUUUAUUACGGUUUGAUGAUGGAAUACUGGUCGUUUCGCUUCUUUCUUCCUGUGUCAUGACAAUGCAAAAAGAUAGCCGAAAAAUUCCUGUGCUGCUACGUCCUGGUGAUGUCCUGGCACUCUCGGGCGAAGCGCGUUAUCAAUGGGAACAUGGGAUAGAGGAAAGGAUGGUGGAUAGUAUAGACGGAGAAUUGAUUAAACGUGGAACACGCGUUAGCGUUACGUUGCGCAAGUUACUGGUAACUUCGUAAUGUAGAAUACAUGCUGAUUAUUACCUUCGAUACAGCAGACAUAAAAUAUACGAUAAUGGUCUUUGAGAUAUAGAUUCGAG